ACACGGAUCAGGUUGUCAAAACAUAUCAGCGGACCGACGACCGGGGUGUGGAAAGUACCGUAGGAUUAUCACAUGGAAAAUCGAAAGUAAAGGCCUACUACUGCGUGUGUCUGCUACAUGUAUGAUCUAUAACCGAAUUCUUCAGAUUCCAGCAGACACUCCUAAACCAGAACCUGGUUGGGAAUCCCUUGGUUGGUUGAUAAUGGACACAGAGCCACUGAUCAAAGAAAGGGCUGAUGUGAACAGUUCAACAGAUGAUAGCAGGUUCAAUGACCGCCUAAACGUGAGGCAGGUUAGACGAUUAUCCAGCAUCAACACUCAUGAGUCAGAAAGCAGUAGCAAUGAAGAUGAUGUACGCAUCCGAAGUUUUUCAGCAUCUUUCGAAUUGAGACAAAAUGCCCCACAUGCUACAAGCAAUGCCCAGACACUGAUGCAUCUUGUAAAGGGAAACAUAGGUACUGGCCUGCUUGGGUUAGCGUAUGCUGUUAAGCAUGCAGGUAUCGUGCUUGGGCCUGUUGCUAUAACUAUUUUGGCAAUUAUCGCAACUCACUGCAUGGCGGUACUAGUAGAAUGUAGUCAUCAUUUAAUCGCUACUAAAAAUGAAAUUGGAGCAGUAUCCCUAAGUUAUGGUCAGGUCGCUGAAUAUGCUUUUAAGUACUCUCCAUUCUCAUUCUUCCAAAGAAACUGCAAGCUAGGCAAAUAUUCUGUAAAUAUCUUCCUGAUUAUAACUCAAUUUGGAUUUUGUUGUGCCUACUUUCUGUUUAUGGGAGAUAACAUUCAUCAGAUUUAUCAAUAUUACUAUGAUGAAGUACCAGAUAUCAAGAUUUUCAUUUUAAUGUUUUUCCUUCCUGUGGUCAUCUACUGUUAUAUUCGUGAGUUAGAUGAUUUGGCUAUCUUCUCCAUGAUAGCAAAUGUUCUACUUAUUAUUGGACUCAGUUUCAUAUUUGAGUAUAUGUUUUCUCAUCUGGGCUAUUAUCAACCUGUUAGUGAGCUGAAGUUGGUGGCGCCUGUGUCUGACUGGCCUAUAUUUUUUGGCACAGCAAUCUAUGCAUUUGAGGGAAUUGGUGUGAUUCUUCCUCUUGAAAACAAGAUGAGGAACCCAGAAGACUUCAAGAAGGUGCUGUUUUGUGGGAUGUCCUUCGUAGGCCUCAUGUACUUGAUGAUGGGAACGUUUGGAUACCUUACGUUUGGCGAAUGUUUAAAGGAUACAAUCACACUAGAUAUACCUCAGGAUGAAGGUAUCUAUAUAGCUGUGAAACUGCUGUUUGUCAUCGCUAUUUUCAUCACGUAUGGUCUUCAGUUCUAUGUGCCCGUUCAGAUUCUAUAUCCACCAAUUAAAAACAAGUUUAAUAUUGAGCGCGACAUUUGGGAAUACGUGUUUAGAACAGUACUAGUUUUAAUUACAUUACUCUUCGCAAUUGCAAUACCAAAGUUAGCUCUGGUUAUCUCACUUAUAGGGUCAUUCGCCAGCAGUUUUUUGGCGCUGAUCUUACCCGCCAUUUUACAAGAACUUAUCUACGCGGAGCAGGGCUACGCGUCACCUAAGUCAAAGUUCAGAUUUAGUAAGAAUUUAAUCAUCGCAUUGAUAGGUUUUAUUGGAUUUCUUGUUGGUACUGCAGUCUCACUUGAACAAAUUAUUAAAUCUCCAGGCUCACCGGCAGAUUGUAUGCCUUUACAAUAAAAAGUAUGGGAGGGUGAAGAGGAAAUGACCUGUAAGACAAAUGGAAGUAAUAUUGCAUAUCAUUUCAAAGAAUUGUACAUAAAGUAAAUUUACUUAAAGUAAUUUCUAAUUUUGGACAAGAGUGUAAUCACAGUAGAAUUUAGGAUACACCUUCUAGUUUGUUGCUUUUAAAUAAUGUGCCAAAUGCAAGACAAGGAUGUAGUUAUGGUGGGCUGAUGUAGGUGGUGGUCGGGGGUGGGGAAGUUUUUCACCCAUUCUAAAGCUAAUCUCUUGGCCCUCGAUUAUUAACCCCCUUGCCCACCUUUAACUCAUUCGCUGCCAGCUACGAAAAUACCCGUCUCACAAGGUGUUGAGAAUGCUAGGGACUAUACUCGUCAAAACUGGGGUAACAUUCUAGCGUAUAUAUUACCUUAAUGUUAUACAUUGUAGAACCACAGACUUAACGGCUGAUAGUUAAAAAAAAAAUUUUUUUAAUAAAAUAAAAAGUACUGUCCCAAUGCCAGUGAUGAGUUUACUCGUCACCUAAUAUUUUCCCGCCAAUUUAUUAGACAUACCAUUUUGAUGAUAUAUGACUAGAUAAAAUUUCAAAUAAGUAUGUUUGUACAUGUAAGGAACCUAAAAAUAAUGUCUAGCAGUCAGUAUGUUAAAGUCCAUGCUUAUUAUUUGGAGUUUACCAAUGUUAUCACCCAGCCUACAACCCUGAAGAUUUAAAGUACUAUAUAAUGGUUGUCCUUAAUGAUCACAUGGAAAUUUUAAGCUGAGCCCAAAUUCAUCCAGCUGCCUAUAAAAAUGUCAAUAUCCUGAGCUGUUAUUCAUAUUAUACAUUAAUGUUUGGAUGUGAUGUAAUGAAUAAGCGCCUCGAGGUUGUGUCAACGUGAGGCGCUAUAUAAAUCAAGAAUUAUUAUUAUUAUCACAUUAUCAUGUGAUGAUCUAGCUCUACUACUUAUGACAGAACUGUUUACAUACCUUUUAGAUUUAGAUCACCACACAAGUCAAAUAAUUUAGUACACAAUUGUAUCUAACACAUUGUAGUACAUUAUGGAGUUCUCUCCAUGCUAUCUUUUUUUUUUUUUUUUUUUGCAAAUAUUUGUGAUUUGCUUAUUGGCAUUACUGUAUAAUGUUAUAUCGCAACAGGGGUGGCACCAGUGGGAGGGGGGGUGCCAGAACUCCUUGUCGGGGAGACCUGGCUCCCCCGUCGAGGAAAAUCACAAUUCGUCGGGGACAAACAAACAAAUCAUAUGUCUUUUCUACAUAUUAGUAGACUCUAAAAUUGAUUAAUAAACCACUACCACCAUUUUAGAAAGAUUUUGACCCACGCACAACUGCAAACACUUUGCUCUGGUCGGGGAAAUCGGCCCUCUCGUCUAGAACAUCGCUCUCCCCACCCAUUUGGGCAAAUCCUGGUGCCACCCCUGUAUCACAAAACAAUGUAUGUAACAAAUUAUAUAUACUAAUGUUUGGAGUGGAGUUACUGUGGUUUGUGGGGAAAUGGCCACCAAAUACCAAAGCCCUGCCUGUCCAGGCUAACAAUGCCUAAAUAUGGUCAUGAUGACAUCACAUCAUGACCAUAUAUAGGCACAUCAUGACCAUAUAUAGGCACAUCAUGACCAUAUAUAGGCACGUCAUGACUAUAUAUGAUAUUCAGCUCUCCAAUCCCCAAGCUUCAUAAUGAGACUUCAUUAUAAAGCAUUGAGGCUGCUGCCCAAUAAGAAAUCUAUAUUGUCUUUUACAAUUAUUAUAUAGCAUUUAUCACUCCACAAGGUGAGAUUUUUUUUAUAUGUUGUUUAGCAAACCCGCCGCCUGCCAAUAAUAAUGAUUUUGAAUAAAUAUAAAAUUUUAAUUUGGGCCAAUUAAUCCACCCACCGCUAUGAGAAAAUGUACAUCUAGGCAUAAUGCAAAAAAAAAAAACCAGAUUUAUUUUUUUUCCAUUAUGCCUAGAUGCUUUUAGUAGAAACCACUUUGCUACACAAAAGAAAAAUUUAAAAAUAGUACUCUAUUAAAUGUAUAAAAAUAAUCUUGCCUAAAGAUGUUAACAGAUGAUUGU